AACUACACUAAGAAAUUAUUUUUAAAUCUUAGAUAAUAUUUUCUGUCAGGUCAAAAAAUUAAUAUGCAGGAUCAUUUUAUUGAUGUUAUAGCAGACACACUGUAGUAUAUCAUGAAUACAGCUGACUGUCCCUGUGUGCUGAAUGUACGUACGUGUGAUGGUGCCGUCACAGUUACGCACGGAGCAAAGCAGCGCUGCUAUUGGGAAAUAUUUUCAGGGCUGCUGGUCGCUGACGUGCCCUCCCAUCCGCCUCACACCAUCCUGCCAGCCAGAGGUUACAGCAGCCGGGAUUACGCUCGCAAAUAUGUGAUUUUGUACAAACACUACACACAGUUAGAUGUCUGAGGUUUGCGCGCGGAUAUCUCCACAAUCUCCCCGCUGGUGAAUCGGUAAUCCGCCGGAGCUGCUGCUGUAUAUCCAGGGUUUCUUCUUGUGGAGGUUGUUGGACGGGACAGCGGAGCAUCGACUGAGGUCCCCCGGCGCAUUGCUCAACCCCCCAUCCCAGCGAUGCUGCCCUGCCUGCGGAGAGUCCUUCGGCCCGCCCUCUCUCUGAGAGCCGGGACUGGGUUGGCCACAGCCGGACUCAGCAAGCAGCAAACACCCGCCGUGGCGCGCUUCGCCUCGGAGCCUCCCAUGUCCAUGAUGAUGCAGCGGUGUAACCUGGGCACACACCCGCUGAAGGAGCCCGUGGAGCCCCUCAACUCUCCCCGGGGAGCCAAGGAGUUUAUUUAUACUCUCCAUCCGUCUGAGAGGACCUGUCUGCUGAGAGAGUUGCACAGGUUCGAGUCCAUAGCCAUAGCUCAAGGGCAGCUGGAAGUUGCACCACCCACUGCAGCACAGUUAAGAUACGUUCUGCUGCACAAUGCGAUCCCCUUUGUUGGAUUUGGAUUCCUGGACAACUGCAUCAUGAUUGUUGCUGGCACGCAGAUUGAGUUAUCCAUCGGUGUGGUCCUCGGCAUAUCGACUAUGGCAGCUGCUGCCCUUGGCAACCUGGUGUCUGAUCUGGCAGGACUAGGGCUGGCAGGUUAUGUGGAGGCCUUGGCGUAUCGGCUGGGAAUGCAGAUUCCUGACUUGAGCCCAAAACAGGCUGACAUGUGGCAGACCAGAGUCAGCUCUCACUCGGGUAAAGCCAUCGGUGUUGGCAUCGGCUGCAUCCUGGGCAUGUUUCCUCUCAUGUUCUUCAAGGACGACGACGACAAGAAAGAGGGCCAGACGGAAGCGGAGGAGAAGACGCAACCCCCGCCCGCUUCAAAAGAGAGCAGCAAAAACUGAAACUUUCAUCUCGCCUGAAACAAAUACUAUUUGGAAUCCAUUAGAAUACUUAUAACUGGGACUGUCUGGCGGACUGGAGUGUAUGGAAAAUGUCAUUCAACCUGUUACAGUCUAAUCACCGGCUACUUUACUUUGCAAGGCCCCAGUCAAACUAUCAAAGGUAUUCUGAAGAGGAUUUUAGAUAUUAUUUGAUUGUUGACUUUGAACCUAAGCACAGGGACCGGACCAUCUCUUGAAGAGACAAGAAAUGGUCAAUUCAUUGGACUGCUGCUACUCCAACUUAUCGCACCGUAACCUCAAUUUGUCUUGACUGACCGACACGGGCUGAAACUCAUUUAUUUAAACCACACUGAAGUGGCCUCUUUCUCUGUUGAAUAUAUAAACCUCUGACUCUAGAUGGUUAGGUAAGGGCGGUUGAAGAUUUGAGGGUUUGUUACCAAUGCAAGAAAAAAAUACUUUCGGAGAUCAUUCAGAAAAAAUAUCGUACGUGACAUUUUGAUUUCAAAGGUUUCUUGUUCAUUGUAAGAACUCCUCAUAGAGAAAGACUGAACAAAGAGGCAUGUCAAUGUUUCGUUUCAGCAGUGUUAAAGUAAUUCCUAAUCAGUUUUUUGAGGGGCGAUGACGAGCCAAGGAAAGAGGGUAACCUUUGCAUAUAAAGAUGCGCCCUUCCAUAUCAAGUAUCUUUAGUUUUACAAGCAUGUCUGCCUUUUGAUGAUGUCUUAAAGUCAUUCACACUCCAUGACAACCAGUGAGCUGCUUUUACCAAGAAUGCAGGCAGUUAAAUGUUACACCUGCUUCUUUACUUCUUAAGAUUUUUAUGUUUUUUUUUGUUGGUGAGGACCUUUUUCAUGAUCACAUGAAGCAGUAACAUGCACCAAAUGUCUCCCAUGUACACUGAAUGUAACAAACGAGGUGCAGUUCAAUGAAAUCUAACCUUUUAAAAAGCAGUUUGUUACUUUCCUCUGUGGAGUUGUGCAGGAAGGGGAGAAAUACAGAGUGGCAGAGGGAGGACAGGAUAGAGAGUAGCUGCGGCAGAAAGAUAAGAAAUGCCAACACUGAACCACCUGAGACCUCUGUCCCAUUUGCACUGACCCUCUGGCUCAAAUACCACAUGAUUUAUCUGCUUUACCAACCUGCAGCUGAACUACAACACUCCUCUACCGUGCAUGGUGAGCUAGGAUCAGGGGCCGGUUGCACAAAAUACCUUAAGUUAAGAUUUUCCUUUAAAGUCCGAAUUAAGGCUCCAUUAAAAUAAAAUCUCCUUAAAGGUAUGCUGUGCAGGAUUCUCAGUUACUGUUUGUGCACGUGCUUGCCAUCAAAAUUAAAAGCCAGUCUCAGAUUCCCUCUCGUUUGGCGUUUUGCCUCUCUAUAUUUGCAUUUCUCUGGCGUGGUGUCUCUUUGAUGCCUGCUACUCAUGAUCUGGCACCUGGUUACUACCUUUUUAUACAGCCCUGAGCUCACCUGCUGUGGGGGUACACACCCAUAAAUGUCCCAAACACAGGAAAUAAGAAAAUACAGGCACAGAGCAGAGUCUCUGCAGAUACAUACACCACCACACACUUAUAGUGGGGUGUAAGUGAUAAUUGAGAGGGAUUACUUCUGUAUCAGUCUAGCAUUUAAGGUUUUCUACUUGUCUUGGCCUUAUACUUAAUGAAUCCCUAAACCAUUGCACAAAAUACUUUUGCAACCCAAGUUAAGUUAAUAAAACAACUUGAGGUACCUCUGACUCUAUGUUAACUGCAACAUGGCCGAGUUUAUGGCAAUAAAUGAAAGAAAUAAAGGCACCCUGAGAAGAGUGUUCAGCGACAGGGAUAACCCAAUGGAUAAGCUUUACCUUUUACAUUAUAGAUUCGAUUGAAUUAAUGUUUAAUGCAAUGUCCUACCCCACAAUCAUUGUUAUCUGUUAUUUGGGGAUUAGAUUUAAUUUUUAGUAUGUGCUGUCUAUUAGAGUUGAGCUGAAUACUUGGACGAAACAAGUUUUCCAUACAGAUAGUGCUAAUUCUUUUCAAGAGUAUCUACUGAGUAAAAUGUGUUAAUGUCAGUGCUCGUGAUGAAUGAAAAUCCUCAUUUGGGAAACUGUGUUCUCCUACUCUCUCUUAGUCUUGUGAUCAGAAAUAAUCUGAAGUUCAAUCCUGAGAUUGUUCUGUAAUAAUAUAUUUUUAUGAUAAAUAAUAAAUAUAGCAACUUCUGAUCAACCCAAACCAGUUUCAGACAUAAGAUGAAAACGCCUGGGUAGGUCCCACCCAUUUCCGGUUUAAGUCCCACGCACUCAGUAUAAACUCUACCUGUUCUGAGUACAGAUACAGAUGCAGAUAAUUUAGUUGGUUGAACAGAUACAGAUCAUGGCAUACCAGCUCAUCCCUUUUGAUAUAUUCUUCCAGAGGUACAAGCUUUUCCUCCUCUGACCAAUUUGGUUUUCUUAACUUCUCUUCUUCUGAUGUUUUUCGAACUAUCUAUAGGCCAACUUUGUGAAGCAAUAACAGGUAUCACAAGCAUGAGUGCAGGCAAAUAAACACACUAUGGAAACUUUUACUACUGCAAAAUGCCUUGUUUUCCUUAACUGAGGAAACCUUUUAAGGGAUUCUGUGCAACAUGCUUGAGUGAGUCCCUCACUUAAGGAGAAAUAAAGCCUUAGAAAUCAUACUUAAGGAGAAAAUUGAAGGUGUUUUGUGCAAGAGGUCCCUCUAGUCCAUGCAAGGGCAGCCUGGAAAUACUCAGCUGCAGCCCAGUAGAUAGUUUCAGUUUGACUUCACAGUACAUGAGAUGGUUGUGAACCUGUUUCCAUUCUGUGAAAAUGCUGUUACUGCUUUUUAGUACUAACGCACAACUGCAUUUUUUGCAAGCUUUCCCUGUAGUUAUAUUAUAUUGUCUCUGCUCUGCUGCCCUCUGCUGGCUGAAGUUCAGACAAAGCUGCUGGUUUCUCUCAGUGAAGUUUGGGUGGCAUGCUGUCACACAUUUAUGGUUAUAGAUCAUUGUCUGUUUUCCUGUUUAGUAUUCAAGUCCCUUGAUGUCUAGCCACAAAGUUUCUCUGGCUGUAAUUGAUCACUUUAUCACUUUAAUUAUUGCUUUUAAUCAUUGCUCUUAUUUUGUAAUGCAAACUAGGCAAUCUGCAGCAACAGCCAUGAAGGCAGAGAGGUUUUGUAUUGGGCGAUGAGACACUACCAUCAAUCCAAGUCUUAAUUCAGCUGUCACUGAUUUACAGUUUAUCUUUUGAAGAGCUGUUUUUGUCACCUGCUCGGCACAGGUUGGUCAUCUCAUCAGCAGAACUGAAGACUGUUGUGUAUGGCGUCGGAUCUGUUUAGAAGUGAAAGGAAGCAGCCACGUGUCACGGAAUCGAACCUCCUCGCAGAAAAUGUAAUUAUUUUUGUUAUGAUAUUCAGACUUGUAUUCAUAUAUGUUCUCACUGUAUAUUCUCUUGAUCCCAAAUGACGUUGAGUAUAAGAAUAGAAAACAUUUGUCAGCACAAAAACACCUUUGUUAGUAUAUUUUCAACAGGAUCGCUCCAUGUUACAGUCCAUAACUAAAGUUGCUGAACAUGCUCUGAAGACUUACCCUGUAAAGUAGUUAUUUAUUAUGUGGGUAACAGUAAUCCUUAACAGUGAUGAAAAUGAAGAAAAGAAAUGAAGAUAUUUAUGUAGUUAGGAUUUUUGAUCUGAUUGCCUGAUUUCCACCUUGCAUGCACUGCUAAUAAAAAAAACCUAUUGUACAUGUUUACUGUGUAAGAAUCAUAAAAAAAGGAAACAAAACUUGAGUAACUUAACAUGCAAAAGACCAGACUAUUAACUGCUGUGAUAAGAAUAUGUAUUUUAUGGCUGUCUAAACAAGCACAAGAAAUCUGUUUCCCUUUUUGACAGCCAGUUAUGAACAGUUCACCAUGGGAGUGUCUGUUUUGGAUUGCCUUGCAGAGGCUUUACAGAUUGGUAACAGGGCCCUCUGCUGGGAUGUAAACUUGCAAUUGCAGCAUGGAGAUUUGGAUGGUGUGCAGAUCCUGAGGUGCAGAAUUUGAUGAGAAAACUCUGCUCCAUGGGCAAAACGUGAUGGCAGUAAUAGUUUCCAGCAACAGUAGCAAUUUGCCUUCCUGCAUUGGAUCAUUAAAUUGCCAGUGCAGUGCUUUAAGAUUCUCUUGUGCAGAGUCAGUCGCGGUGUCAAAAUACUGUAAUACUGGGGCCAUUAUCUUUUUCCAGGAUUCACUUUGCACUGCAUCACUUAGCCUGGGUUUCCUGGAGGAAACAAAAUAUUCACAGAAGCUCAGAGCUGAAACCUUAUCUUGAAGAGGUUUAAUUUAAUAUUUAAAAACAGGUGGAAUGUUAAAUCAAAGAUGACUGAAAAACACAACCUAUUUUUCAUGGGCUGCCUCCUCAGUGUGUGACAAACAGUAUGUUCCAGGUGGUGAGUGCAUACUUAAAGACCUUAUUUUAUAUCUGCAGAUAUAUUUGUGCACUGUAAGCUGGUAGCCUGUGUUUAGGAGUUCUUUUGCUUUUAGUGUUUGUAUGGACCUGCUUUGGUUUCAGAAGAUCAGGAGGCAUUUCAGUCUGCAGUAUGUCAACACUACUGUCCUACAGUUUAUAGAACAUUGUCCCACAUUUGGAGACCACGUUGCCCAUCUUAUUUAACACAAUCUGUUUCAUGUGUUUUCUGAUCAUCUGAAAUAACUCCUUAAACAACUAUCAGUUCUGGAGUUGCAUGUUAAAACCUUCUACAAUGAAAAGGAAAAUUAUAUUAAUUUUUUGUCAUGCUGGUGGCAUGCUCGUUUGUCAGUCAGUUGAUCCACCACUUUUGUCCACACUGAAAUAUCUGCACAGACAUUUGUGGUCCCCAGAUGAUGAAACCCAUCGACUUUGGUGAUUACCUUUAAUGUGGUGUAAGCCUCAUCUGCAUUGGCCAAAAUGACCUUUGCAGCAUUUAUAGAGCAAUGAACAGCUGCUGGUGCUUAAAAUCCUCUAAAGCUUCAACACAGCCUUGAUUUUAACCCUUUGAAACCAGAGCUGAUUGAUUUCUUUAAAACCAUGGAAAGAAGGCAAAGCACAUCUUAAUAAGAAAUGGCCUAAACAUGAGCAUGAUUACAAGUUACACAAAAAAAGUGAAAAUUAGCACAAAAAAGUAAAACAACAAAACAGGAAAUUACCUGAAAAGGGACUAAAAUAAAAAAAAACAAAUAAUAAUAAAACAUAGGCCACAGUAUUUUUUUUUUUUUUCCUGUAACCUAAUUUUAAAUGUGUAAUUAUGAUAAUUAUAGAUAGACAGAUUUUUGGGGGGGCUUUUUUAAGUUUUACUUUAUUUUAUUUUACUUUCUCUCUCUCUGCUCAUGUCUUGACACCUUUUAAUAAUUCCUUGCAAUUUGCAGAAUAUUUUCUGCCAAAUUUCUGAUUGCCUUUUUUAAAGAAAUCAAACCAAUUAGCUCAGGUUUACAAAAAUACUCGUGAAAGAUGUCUGAAAGCAGCACAUGAAAAGUGAAGUUGCUCCAGGUUUCAGGAGGUUAAAUGUGCCAUGAUGGGAUUUGAGUUUACCAACUGGGCUGGUGUCAAAGCCUGAAAGUGGCACAGUUCUUUCAGUUCUAAUUCAAGUUAAAAAAAACUUACACAUUAUAAAUUUACUAAACUUCAACACACUCACACAGAUUUGGUCUGUUCUCCACUGCACACACACACAAUAUCUCUCCUUUUAUCCAUCAGGGUAAAUCAGCUUAAAAGAAAUGAGAUCAAAUCUGUAUAACAUGGACAAAAACAUGUUGUCUUCACGAGUGUCUCUGCAGCCUGUCAUCUUUAGUGUGACAAUGUGGACAACUUUAUUUUGUGACAUAAUCCACGGUGCUUAGAAGUUAUUAUUUUCAGGCAGAGCUAAUGCAUUUUACAUUGUUUUGUUAUAUAAGGUAUAACAUCAGUAUAUGCUCUGUACAUAUGUAAGAAGAGGAGUGGUAUUAAAAUGAUUAUUAUGUGGGAUAAAUAUAAUGUAAAGAAAAAUAUGGAGUAGAGAAUAAGAGUCUGUUUCUGUGUGUUUUUUUUUAUUUAAUUUUAUCUAUUUGAUUAUCACCUGGCAGGAAACAUCUGGCCUGCUGCGGACUUUCCUAUCAUGUAAUGCAUUUUAGUUUAUGGCAAAUGUAAUAUUAGCUUUUUAAACGGAUUUGUUUCUUAAUUUGUUUAUGUGUAAGUUUGAUUCAGAGUCAUAAAAGCUGAUCUUUAACUCAAAUAAAUGCUUGAACAACAAGAGGCAGAUGAGAGAUUCUGCACAUCUGUAUUGAACACUGUGCGUCUUUAAUUUAGCACACUGGAUGUAUUAGUUUUUAAUUGAACACAUCUGAUGUCUGAUUGUGUCUGGUGAAAGCAAAAUGUUUCAUAUCCAGCUCUCUCUAGGGAUUUGGGUUUGCUCAGUCUGAAGUUAGUCAGAAAUGCAGUGAAUCAGGU